AUGUCCCGUCUUCACGGCUACUGCCCACGCCAUGCCAACCAAGAUUUGAAUCAGGCCAACGUAUCGUGCAAGCGCGAGUACGAGAAUCUACGUCAGAGCGCCGGGCGGAAGACCCUGGGCGUCAUAGCUGCAGAGUUUGAAAUACUGAAAGAGGGCUUCAGACGAGAACGCCGACACAAGGAUGCCGCACUAGUACAAGAGCAAAAGCAAAGAGUGUUGGGUGUCCGUCCGAUAUCCCUAAAUCAGAAAAGUAAUGGGACAAAAGGAAAACCAGGAGCCCAAGAAGAUGCAUGGGAUUGGCGCUAUACACUCCGUCCUUGCACAUCUUCACACUGCAAAGCCUACUACACACCUUAUUCGAACCAUUACACCUACUACCGUACACCGAUUUCUGGCUUUCUUCCACAGGAGACUCUUUGCUCUGCUUGCGCGAAGACCGAGCUUGAAGGCUUUGUUGAGAAGAUCAAAGAGAAAUGGGGGAGUAGGUGUGGGUGGGAUCAUAAGGAAUGGCACGACUGGUACGCCAAUGCUUGUAAUGAUCGCACUAUGGAGCAAGAAUAUUGGAUCAAGGCACAAGAAAAAUGCGUUAGAGAGAGGGGGCCUCCAAAAUGGGUUGGCAGAUUGAGGGAUAGUGCUGUAGUGGAGGAGGAUGCUAUCGAACUGAAGAGAGAGAGGAAGAGCCUGAUGAGGAAGUGGUUUGGGAGCAUGUCUGCGUAA